GACGAGUUCUGCGAGGCGCUCGGGCAGCUGCACGACACGGUGGACGCCCAGUGGAGCGAGGGCGUGAGGCCAGAGGCCGUGCAGGCGCGGCUGAACGGCGAGGGGUUGGCCCUGCGGCAGCUCGACGAGGUGUCCGCGUCGAGCGGCAGCAUCGCCGAGGUGUUUUUCGGGGAGCUGGAGGACGGCACCGAGGUGGCGGUGAAGUGCCUCCGCCCGGGCAUCCGGACCCUGCUCGAGGGGGACCUCCGCUGGCUGCUGAUGGCCAGCCGCUGGGCGGACCACCACCUCCCGCGGAGCGGAAUCGGCAAGGCCGCGGAGGAUUUCGCUGAGCAAGUGUGGAUGCAGAUGGAUUUCGACAUCGAGUCCAGCCACCUGUCCAGGUUCCGCAGCAACUUCGCGCGCUCGGGCGAGAGCAUCGCCUUCCCGGCGCCGUUGUUCACUGCGCCGGACCUACUCGUCUUGACGAGGGAGCGGGGCCACAACGUAGCGCACCUCUUCCGUCAGGCGGACGAGGUGAGGAAGCAGGCCGCGAGCUCGGCCGCCGCCGCCCAGCCGGCGGACGGCUCGCAGGCGUCCACUGGCAAAGUGGAGCGCCAGACUGUGCGGCCAGAGCACCUGCGUCAGGUGCUCGGCAUGUCAGACGAGGCCUGCCAGGCCGUGGCCCACGCGGGCAUGGGCUGCUUCAUGCGGAUGCUGUUUAUGGACUGCUUUAUUCAUGGGGACAUGCACCCAGGGAACCUCAUACUGCGGCUGAAGGACGAGUCCGAGGGCUUCGUCCGGUCGCCGCUCCAGCGGGCGGCCGACUGGCUGGCCCGCCUCGCGGGCCGGUCGCCGUGGCAGCCCUUCGAGCUCGUGGUUUUGGACGCGGGGCUGGCCAUACCAAUGGCGAGACAAAAGGUCGACGCGCUCCGCUCCCUGGCGCUCUCCAUCAUGUACCAGGACUACUCGAGGGCCGCCGACAUCUUGUAUUCGGAGAGCCCCGACAGCUCCCAGUGCCAGGACCCGAGCGCCUUCAAGAUGGAGAUCGCUGAGAUUUUCCGAGGCCAGGCAUCGGCAGUACCUGCAGAUCGGGGACGCCGCCCUGAAGGCGCUGCAGGCCGUGCACAAGCACCAGGUUGGCAUCGACACCACCCUGACCUGGGUGUUGUUGUCCAUGCUCAGCGUGGAGGGUGCGUCUCGCCAGUUCUACAGCGAGGUCGACGCCACGUUCGCGGCGGUGCAGUACAUCGUGACGCUGCCCAACAUCUUGCGGGAGCUCUCGCGAGACCUCUCCUGGGCCACGGCCAAGGAGAUGCUGACGCAGCGCGUGAUGGAGGGUUUCGGCCUGGACUACUGGGCGCGCCGGAACCGCGAGAGCGCGGAGUAUGCAGCCUGGAGCGUCAACUCUGGUCUUACGAAGCCGGCUGCCGCGGCCUGAACUCCGCGAUGCCAGCCCCCCUGCCGAGGCAGCGGUUCACCUCUUGCGCGUGUGUGUGA